AUGGGCGACGUAUUCUUCCAAGUGGCACGCCCGCCCUCACUCCACAACCCUACAUCCGUACCAUCGAAUUCUGCGAUGAACCCUUUCAAGCGUCUGGAGCGCUUUGCUUCGCGCAAAUCACCCAAGAUUGGCAAGAACAUGCCGAGCGAGAGUCCAGCGCCCUCAGCGGUGCCUUCAACCCCAACGCAUUUUGCCAGAACCACGCCGACUCGCCGGCCGCAAUCCAAUGCCGAUGCGCCUCCAGCUUACACACCUCCUGCCUCAGGGACCGUAAUCCCGGGCUCGAUGGAGACAACCUCUGACUCACCUUACGCAUUUCUGACCGAGUUCGACACCAUCUUUCUGAUCGAUGAUUCUGGGAGUAUGGCAGGUCGCAGCUGGCGCGAGACGGCCGCAGCUUUGAGUGCCAUCACGCCAAUCUGUACCACGCACGACGCUAAUGGCAUUGAUAUCUACUUCCUCAACCACAAGAAUCAUGAGGCCAGCGACAGUCUCGGCGGAUACACCAACCUCACCACGACUGCAGCGGUCGAAAACAUCUUCAAGAAGGUGCGUCCACUGGGAGGCACACCGACUGGCACCAGACUCAACGCCAUCAUCAAGCCAUACCUGAAGGAACUUGCAGGCUCGAUGGAGAAGCAGGCACACGGUCGUGAGGCGACAGUGAAGCCGCUCAACAUCAUUGUCAUCACGGACGGCGUGCCGAGCGACGAUGUCGAGGCUGUCGUUGUCAGUGCGGCCAAGAAGCUUGAUGCAUACGGAGCAGAGCCCUGGCAGAUGGGCAUCCAGUUCUUCCAGGUGGGGCGAGAGCCAGAAGCUGCCGAGGAUCUUCGAGACCUGGAUGAUUCGCUGUCAAGCACUCACGGUGUUCGUGACAUGGUCGACACUGUGCCGUGGACAGGAGACGAAGGCCAGCAACUGACAGCCGACGGGCUUCUGAAAGUAUGCCUGGGUAGUGUGGUUCGUCGCUGGGAUCGGAAGAAGGUGCACCGGUAG